UACACACUAUGGGAAAAAAAACUGGCGGUUGGUUUAACUUGUUUCUGACCUGACUGCGGUGUGAUACUGGCGUUCAAGACUCACUCCCGAGAUUUUUUAAUAUGAGAGUUAAAGUGGGAUUAAUUUUGCGGGGUUUAGUUGUAAUUGUUUCAUUCCUCGUAUUAGCGGUGUUGUGGUCGUCAUUAGCCAAACUGAGCUCCGAGAAUCACUCUGACGCUCGGGUUUAUGGAUUGCUGCCAAAAGGAGACCCAGCAGACCAAUUUAAACCUGUUUUACCCUGGCCACACGUGGAAGGUAUCGAAGUUGACCUCAACUCAAUCAGACUGAAAAAUGGAGGAGGCAACAAUAGGCAGACCCCCAAGAAGGAGUACGCAACAUUCAAACCCAACUUUCACAGUUACAAUGCCCCAGUCCUCAAAAAAGGUGUUCUUGGAAACUUUGAACCCAAAGAACCUGAGCCUCCAGGGGUCCAUGCUGGCCCAGGAGAAGAUGCAAAGCCAUUUGUUCUGGGCCCAGAAUACAAGGAAACAAUCCAUGCUUCCAUCAAAGAGUUUGGCUUCAACAUGGUUGCUAGUGACAUGAUAUCACUGGACAGAACAAUUAGAGAUAUACGCCAUGACGAGUGCAAGUUCUGGCAUUAUGAUGACAGACUGCUGACCUCCAGUGUGGUGAUAGUCUUUCAUAAUGAAGGGUGGUCUACCUUAAUGAGAACCAUCCACAGUGUGAUCAAGAGGACUCCCAGGAGAUACUUGGCAGAGAUUGUCAUGAUAGAUGAUUUUAGCAACAAAGUCCAUUUGAAGGAACGCUUGGAGGUGUACAUCAAGCGGUGGGACGGUCUUGUGAAACUCUACAGAAAUGAGAAAAGAGAAGGUCUCAUCCAGGCACGAAGUAUUGGAGCCAAGAAGGCCACAAAAGGAGAGGUGCUAAUAUACUUGGAUGCUCACUGCGAGGUUGGGAUCAACUGGUAUGCUCCACUGGUGGCUCCUAUUUCACAGGACAGAACAGUGUGUACUGUACCUUUGAUCGACUCCAUCCACGGCGAGACAUACACCAUUCAGCCGCAAGGUGGAGGAGAUGAAGACGGCUUUGCUCGAGGAGCCUGGGAUUGGAGCAUGCUGUGGAAGAGAGUUCCUCUGAAUGACAGAGAAAAAAAACUCAGAAAAACUCGUACUGAGCCAUAUAGGUCUCCAGCUAUGGCAGGAGGUCUCUUUGCUAUUGAGCGUGACUAUUUCUUUGAACUGGGACUGUAUGAUCCCGGGUUGCAGAUAUGGGGAGGAGAAAAUUUUGAAAUAUCCUACAAGAUAUGGCAAUGUGGAGGCCAAUUGCUCUUUGUCCCAUGCUCUCGUGUCGGCCAUAUAUACAGACUUCCGGGGUGGCAAGGCAAUCCUCCUCCUCCACAUGUUGGUUCAUCACCUACGCUAAAGAACUAUGUUCGUGUUGUGGAGGUAUGGUGGGAUGAAUACAAGGACUACUUCUACGCCAGUCGUCCUGAAACCCUAGCCCUUGCCUAUGGGGAUAUUAGCGAGUUGAAAAUUUUCAGGCAAGAACAUCGGUGCAAAAGCUUCAAAUGGUUCAUGGAGGAAAUAGCUUAUGAUGUUCCAUUACAUUAUCCUCUGCCUCCCAAAAAUGUUGAAUGGGGGGAGAUUCGCGCCUUUGAGACAAGUUAUUGUAUUGACAGUAUGGGACACACAAAUGGCGGGAAUGUGGAAAUUGGACCAUGCCACAGAAUGGGUGGCAAUCAAUUGUUCCGUAUCAAUGAAGCCAACCAAUUGAUGCAGUAUGAUCAGUGUCUGACAAGAGGAAGUGAUAAUUUAGCUGUCAUCAUCACACAUUGUGACCAGAACCAGUACACUGAAUGGAGAUAUUUCAAGGAUCUCCAUCGCUUCACUCAUGUACCAACAGGGAAAUGUUUAGAUCGCUCAGACAUUCUCCACAAUGUAUUUGUCUCAGACUGCGACGACAGUAAAACUACUCAACGGUGGGAGGUGAAUAACAUUAUGGCUGUAUAAAGACUGCUGCUUGACUCAUACAAGGAAAAUCAUUUUGACAAUGGUGAACAAAAUGGAUUUGUACCACUAAUAACAUGCAUUCAUGCUUGGUAUAAACUGCUAACUUGGAUGAUAAUGGGUCGUUUUAGAUCUGAGCCAUUCACUUGUCAGAAUAUGUAAAGCAUUUAUUUAUUUAUUUUUAUGUGAAUCAACUAUGGGUAAUUAAUGAAGGUUACUGGGCAAGAAAAUGGCAUAUGCCGGGCUUUUCACACAAUGGUUUGUGUUAUGAUUAUGUGCUAACAUUGGAUCUGUCAAAAAUUGAUUUAAAAACAUUUACAGAGUGACACAAAAAACAGGAGUUUUUUGAAGGGGCUAUGAAAUGGCAACCAUGUUAAAAAAUGAAAAAGACUUACCGCACUAAUUGAAUUUUACAUAUAAAAAACAAAUAUGGCACUCAAAUCUGGCAGUUUUUCUUUUUUUUAACCAUUUUAUAGUUAUUCAACCCAAAUCACAUUAAAACCAGAACUGAUGAUCAUUUCUAGCUUUCUAGUUCUGCGCAAGCUAGUACAUGUUGACAGAAUGACAGACCGGUCACACGGCAACAAGAAAUUGGCAUGCUGGCAGACUGCAAAAAUCUGCAGGUAAUUCCUGGUAUGACAUCAUCUUCUGUUAGGCAGUUCAAAAACAAAGACUAAUAGCGUACCGCACGUAACACGUCACCUUUGCUCAUUAACUCAUUCACUCCCAGCUAUAUUAACCGGAGCAACACCCUUCGCUCCCGGCCGUUUUACUGGAUUUUGACUGAUUUUGCAAGGCCCACAGAAAAUUCUGUUCUAUUCCUAUGUAAACAUGGAACCCACUAAAAGAAAGACUAGACUGUCUUCUUUCAGCAGGAAAACGAAGUUAAUUCAUAUCUUUUUCCAUUCUUUAGAAAUUGGCAUUAGAAAAUAGCUUAGUUUGAGCAAUUUUCCAAUUUCUGAUAAAAAAAGAGAAAUUGAGCUUAUUGUAAAAAGCAUACAUUUCAAACAUUGACUCUAACACAGCUAUUUUUUGCUUUUGUGACAUCCCAAACAUCUGAAUAAUGUUUUCCUUCUACAAAAUAACAUAAACAACAAGACAAAUAGAGCUUUUGAUAGCAAAGUAACAAUUUAUUUACACAUAACUAAACUAUUGAACUGAGAGAUGACACUGUUGUGGCCGCGACUGUAUCGGCAGAUGGGGUAAAUUUUUCCCUCAUCACCACCUGAUAGAUCAACUGGAUUUGUUUUUUAUCUUUCUUUUGUAGUGACCACUACCUCGUAACAGAAUUCAUCUAGGGAACUUUUGUGGGGCAUGUGCCUUGUGUUUUUACAUCGUUCUCCACAUUUUUCUCACGCUUCUUACUUCUUCCAACUUCCGUUUCCUGACUAUUUCUAGUCAUUCAUUUCCUUUCAUGGUUUGAUAUGAGUUCUUACCAAAUGCGCUACUGCCCUCCAGUGGCCACUUUUAUUGCUUUAAAAUGGAUUUUGAGCGUUGUGCUUUGGAGCAUCAGAACCUAGAGAUGUCUCUUGUGAAAAAGAAACGUAAAAGACGUAUAGAUACGUUUUUGGAAAACUGAAAUGGAUUUAUACAUUUUUGGGAGCAAAUGAGUUAAUAUUCAUGACGUUAGCAACUGUUGCUUGGGAGGUCAAACUCGCGUUUGUCCCUCAUGCUAAAGUGUACGAACGAAAUGUUUACUGAGCUAAACCUACUAAUUCUGUCCGAAAACGAUGUCACUGGUGCUCACUGGUGCUAAAUUCACUGAUAAAGGUGUGGAAGAACGUGUUCAGUUCAGUGUCGAGGGCUGAAAAAGACGGGAAAAAGAGCUGACCUGAUCCAGAGGUAGCUUUUUUUAUCGGCACCUUUUUCUUGUGUGCAUUGCCUUACGACACUGACAUUUUGCCUGGCACGGCCAGACUGUUCUCCCUGUAUUUUUCAAACACUGAGAGAAAAGUCUGGGAACCAGCCCAUUAGCGGCCUCUCGAGCAGGUACAAAAUCAAUCGACAAAUCAGAUUAGUUUAUUUCCGUGACGUGUUCUUAACGAGCAACGUCACUCUUGCGCGUCGGAAGUCGUCUCCACAACAACACAGACGGUGAACAGGAGAGCCGAGAAUAUGUUCCAAUCCACGGUAAAAUCAGUUUUAAAUUACCAAAAACACAUCGACACGAGUCAUUGACAACAGUCUGUCUCGCUCUAGCCAUGUUGAAUAAACUCCGCUCUCCUCGUAUGUUUACUUCCGCGUGCAAGUCCCUCGUCCUGCCCUCGUCGUUUUACUAACGUCACGUCUGCCCGUCGCUGAUUGGUCCACUCCGCUGUCUGUUUUCUGUGGCUUGCUCCGCCCUGGAGAUUGUAUCCGCUGAAUGGUGGCCAGACUCAAUAGCUGGAACAGCGGUGAGUCUGGUGUACCAGGCAAACUGACAUUCUCCUGUUGCAACAAGCUAUCCUUUACCACCAUAUGCCCUGUCUUAUAUAUUAUAUACUCUGUCUUAGGUCUCUGCACCAUAUGCCCUGUCUUAUAUAUUAUAUACUCUGUCUUACGUCUCUGACCGUUCUUCAGGGUCAUUUAUAUUGCUAUUUUUGUGUAGCGAUCGCAAAUGGUACUAAGUGACAGCCAACGAACACUUUUAAUUUUUCCAUUUAUAACAAAUCUUAAUGUUAUUAAUUUAUUUACACUUCCCCCAUACUAAGGAUGUUUCUUUACAACAGAAAAAGUAAAGCUGUUAAAUCUACAGCCUACCUGUAGGCAUGAACAGGCUUACUAUAAAAAGACCAAGGCCAAACAAUUUAUUUAUAAUAUCCGUAUCAGGGGUCGCGUUAACCGGAUAUUUUCCGUCGUUGACCGGUUUUUUAAAACGGUGACGGAAAAAACUGAAGUCCGUCCGUCAUUUUGACAGGUUGCAAUUCACACCCCAGACCACAGGGUGGCGAGUUAGCAUAUUAAUUAGCUAUUGUCUCUCUUAAUGCAUGACGUCGUUGGCUCUUCUGUCAGAAUAUUGUAGCGUCACCGGGGUCUGGCGGCGGCACCGUGAUUGACACAUCAACGCGAGGUUCUUAUUGGUGCACCCGGUGUGCCAGCGCGUCAUCCAAUUGAUGGACAAGAUUGCCGCCUGUGUAUAGACCCCAAUCACAUGACGUCACAACUCCGCCCCCCGACUGGAGCCGCCAUAUUGUGUUUCAGCUCGUCAUGUUUACACAUUACCGCUACGUACAUGCCUCCUAUUUACGACGUGUUUUUCUGCUCGUUAACAUUAAUAAUCAAAAUGGUGAAGGCGUGUGUGGCGGUUAGUUGCUGUAACAGAGAAGAUAGACGGAGAGACUUGAAGUUCUACCGUAUUCUGAGAGACCCGAAGAUGAGAGCGAGAUGGACUGCUGUAAUUCGACAAGAAAUCUGGGCACCAAACGAUCACCACAGACUAUGUAGUAGUCAUUUUAUAUCUGGUAAGAUGCAUUUAAUAUAUAUUUAGAAGAUUUUGGGCUGACAACCACAAUUAAGAUAAUUGUGUGACGUUGGUGAUUGGGGUCUAUAUCGUUGCCUCUUUUUCUUUGGGGGUGGAGUUGUUGGCGGUAAGCAGAGUAAAAAGGGAGAAAAAUACCACGACUUCCGUGUCUAAUUUUUCGCCGCCAAGCAAGCGUUACAAUAUUAAUUAAAAAUGAAUGAAAACUAAAUACUAUUGAAUAUGUCAUCAUUAUCAUUUUAAAAAUUUAAGUGACGGGUAAAAAUAGACUAUGACUGGAUUUUUAUGACCCUGUCAGUCAAAAUGACAGACAACAAAAAUGUCUAGCGCAACCUCUGAUCCGUAUUAUAGAAAAAUAGGCCUACAUAACUCUUGUGAUAUAUAAAUAUAUAUGGCGGAAAACACAUACAAGACUGAAAAAGCAGUUUUUGCUCUUGCACUCCUCUUUAAAAGAAACUGCUGUAUUUUAAGCCAAAACAACUGUUGUUUGAUAGAACAAUAUGUCUAUGUGCUGCCAUACCAGAUUCGUGGCGCAUUAAGUCCUCGAACUAUUUUUAAUUUGCCCGUUUUACCCUGUGGCCAUUCACAGCUGUGUCUUGACACUCAGUGAUACAUGCGACAUGGAGUUUUUGGAUCGAAAUAAGGUAAGUACGCAAUAAUAUCUCGUUAAAGUCGUGGCGGCUGUAAUUCUGCUCUUGCGUGCUCUCACCUCCGGAUAGGGUUUUGCUAUUUAAAUUAUUAUUAUUAUUUUUUUUUAAAUGCCCUCCUGUCCAAAAUUUUUCUUCCCCCAGAAAAUUGAGUUUUUAAGCUUUCCAAUGAUGUAUCACACAUGCAUAUUGGACAAUUUUGAAAUUUGGCCAAAUUGGGGGUCUCAAAGCGGAACUUCAAGUCACCUGAGUGUUUUCCGCCAUAUAUAUUUUAAGUUCAUUUAUUGUCAGACAGAAGCAGCAUGGCAAAACGCCACUAUAAAAAAUAAGUAAAAAUAUCAAAAUGGCUUACCUCUUCGUGGCAGGAUUGUCCAUCUGUAGGACCAUGGCCCCCAACAAAAUGUUUACUGCAUAUGAAGGUUAAUGGCUUCACCUUGCUGGCGUCAAACUGGUCUUUUGGACGUCGUCACAAGUUAAUUCAUUGUUCACUUUUUUUCCUCUGAGUUUUUGGCUUCGGGAAAUGUAUAAAGAAAACAUCUUUCAUAUGUGGACGGUCGUAAUGUCUAGAGUUGUUUCUACAAGUCUAGCAGCAGUGUUUACUCUUUUGAAAGAUUACCGGCAGAAAACAAGCAUUACUAUCUGUCAUGUGCCCAUAGGCGGAUCUACUAUUCAGGCGAAGUAGCUGAUCGCCUUAGGCCCCCCCAGCCAGUAGGGGGCCCCCAACCAGUUGCCCUCGCACCAACGAGCAAGGGCUUUGGCCACCGGAGCCAGCAGCACCCCCAACUAUUCGUCAUGUAUAAUUAUGUCAGCAUACCAAACAAAAAAAUAACAAAACAAAAAAGAAAGCCAUUUGAAUGCUGCAUUUAUAUUAUCUCUCCCCCACACACUACAAUGGACUGUUCCACGACGACAUACUGAGUAUCAGUCGCUUAGCUUCAUUUACCGCCGUUUAGCUUCGCUUAGCAUCGCUUAGUGCCGCUUAGCUGUUCGUUAGCUUCACUUAGCUCUCCCGCGUUUUUCACGCUACUAAGCUUGCUAUUUUUACAGCUCACUUGCUACUUUGCACGUCGGCUAUCGUUUAUUUCGAACACAUGAGCGAACGUGCUUUCCAUGAGAGCCAAAGUGCAGUGAGGGAGAAGUUGAGAACAGGCUGCUAAUGCCUCUUUUAACUUUCUUCUUCUUCUUCACACCAAACAUAAAAUACACGACAGUACACCCUGUGGUGAAACAAUGCAGUACAGUUCCAAUCAGUCAAACAAUAACGCUCAACAGCUGGUUAACAGCAUUUGCUAACGAAAUUUUUUUAAAAUCUAUUAGUGACAACACAAGCAAUGACGAAGAAUUUGUUUUUUUUACGGGGAGUAAAGCUUUCGGUUAGCGGUUUAGUGCAAGUACCUCCGGUGAACAUUUCAAAAUAAAAGCACGUCAUGUUCGUCAUAUAAAUAACAAUUUCUGGAGUUAAUCCCACAUACUUCAGAAUUAAUAUUAUAAUAUGUUGAGUAAAUACUACAGAAUAGAGAUUCUACACUAAGAAUAGCUUUCAAAUGACACUCUUUAUGACAAAUAUGAUUGGCAAUGAAUAAUUAUUGUAAUUAUUAUACUACUAUUUUAUAUAGUAGUAUACUAUAAUAAUAAUGCUAGAUUUUUUUAAAGAAUUGUUUUGAAUAAUGUUGGAAAGGCAAAGUCAGUGUUCUGAAUCUGAUUACUUUCCAUUCUUUUGCACUAGUAAAUGCUAUCAGCAUUUAACCUCAUUGUUUAUUUGUGAUUAAUUAUUGUUAUUUACAUGAUUAUUUGUACUUUAUUAAAGAAUUUAAGUGUUCCAAAAUGGUUCUGUGAAUUAAUAAGCGUCAACAAAAAUUUAGUCGCUAAAUAAGUAAAAAAACAAAGAAAAUUAUUAGAUUAGUCGACUAAUCGUAAAACUAGUCGGCUGACUAAUCAGGAGAAAAAUUGUCGUUUAGCACAGCUCUAGUGUACCGGAACAUAUUUCCUCCACACCCUUCUCACCUUUUUAACCUCUGACCCAAGAAGAAGGCCCCUGGAUAUUUUCGCCUUAGGCCCCAAAAUGGCGUACUGCACGCAUGCUAUUUUUAGACCAUGACGUCUCAUCAUAAAGCGGAAGUAAAGCUGAAGUGGGACAUUAUAGACCCGCACUCGCAGAGAAACAACGUAAUUUGUGCUACUUUUCGCCGGUAAUCUUUCAAAAGCGAACAUGCCGAUCACGCAUUGCUUUUUUGGAACUUGUAGAAACGACUCUAGACAUUACGACACAUCUAGCAUGUUUUCUUCAUACGUUUCCGGAAACCAAAAAUGCGGGAGGAAAAAAUGUGAAGACCGAAUCAGCUUGCACGGACUUUAACACCAGCUCGUUGAAUCCAUUCACAUUUCAUAUGCAGUAAACAUUUUGUUGGGUUGGCAUGGUCUUUCAGAGGACAAAGUGGUAAACCGUUUUUAUAUUUUUAACUUAAUUUUUUUGCAUAACGUUGUGCCGUACUGCUCCUGUCUGACACUGAAUGACCUGAAAAGAAUUACAAUAGUAUCUGACUACCACUGUUACCGUUUGUGUAACAACUUUAGUAAGGGGAAGUGUAAAUAAAUUAUAGAAUUAAGAUUUGUUAUCAAUGGAAAAAAUGAAAAGUGUUCGUUGGCUGUCACUGAGUAGCAUUUGCGAUCGCUACACAAAGCUAACUAAAUUACCCCCAAGAACUGUCAGAGACUUAGAACAACCAUAGGAUAUAUAAGAAAGACAGGGCUGAUGGUAAAGGAUAGCUUGUUGAAACAGGAGAAUGUCCUUUGUCAGUUGCGUCGAUAAAAAAUUUAAGCCUAUGCUAAGGUCGGCUCGUUUUUUUCGUCUUUUUCAGCCUUCGACACUCAAGCCAUCUCUUUAACUGAUAAUUUUUAUGUUCUUCCACAUCUUUGCCAGUGAAUUUGGCACCAGGCACAUCAUUUUCGGAGAGAAUUGGUAGGUUUAGCUCUGUAAACAUCUCCUUCGUACACGAUUUCCAUUCAUUUCCUGUUAGGGACAAACGGUAGCUUGUCCCUACUUAGCAACAGUAGCUAAUGUCAUGAAUAUUAAUGAGUGGAAGUGACGUGUUGCUUGUGGUACGCCAUUGCCAAGUCCGCCAUUUUAUGUGCCAGCAUAUUCCAUCACACACAUGUAUCACAAGCAUUCACAAAGACUGUUUACCAGCAUAUUCUAUCUCACUCAUGCAUCAAAAAGCAUACGUCACUGGACAGUUUGCUCUUUACUGGUUCACAAAGAACAACUCAGAACAGUCUAUAAGGCACGGACACAUAGCAUUGAGUGUCAGGUCGUCAGCGAUUUACCAUACGCUAGCAUGUCAACUGUCCAUUACCGCUUGACCUGAUUGUUUCCUUUGCCUGUCAACACCAAUGAGGUCCCUGAGCAUUGGUUGUAUUCAACAAUGCGAGUGCGCUUCUAUGUUGACCCCCUUCCGGUUUACAAUGAUGACGUUACGCAGCCUUGCGGUCUAAAAAUAGCAUUCGUGCGGUACGCUAUUAAGAACUAAUUUCAAUGUUAGGCCUUUUCUGUCACUUUUUCUUUUUGGAUAUGUUUGUGUCCAAAAUAUGGUCUGCUAUCAUUUUAAAGUCAUUUGCUGUAGUAUUUCAUACAACAAUCCAAUAAAACCAAGAGUAAUUGAAGAAAAAUGUUUUUUUCAUCGUAAUUGAAACUUUCAAGGAUGCCAUUUAAGAAACAAAAACUGAAUUUUCUUUAAAAAAUGAAGACCAAAAAAAUAAAAACCUUUAGAUGGCAUCCUCCUGUAUGAACACAUUCUUGAAAUCUGCUGUUGAGAUUAGUCAAACCGCUGCAACAACUCAGCUGGGAUACUGUGAAUUUUCAAUCGGAAUUCACCAUUGUUCCUCUUAGGUCUUGCUUAAGUCUUGCAGUGCUGCCACUUGCUCAUGUAUGCCAAUACUCACUCAAAAUCUCCCAUUUUUUGUUGUUGUUUUGUUUUGUUUUUGGGUCACCCUGGUGAAAAUCACUUGUGCCUAGAUGUCUUAUGCAGUCCUAAUUUUGAUAACCGUGACUUGAGAGCUGCAUAGUUCAAAUAAAGUAAACAUUUAAUCUUGGGUGCACUUCAAAUUUGUCACAUGGGCCAUGUUUACAUGGCAGAGCCUGAUGCGCAAUUUAUUAUUAUUUUUUAAUUAUAUGUUUGUUGGUGUUGUCAUUUGCAAAACAACAGCAUAAUGCAAUUUGCAGUGUGAAUGGUCGUGCAGUAUCAGGAAGGUUUAAAGUAUUUUCUGCACCUUUGUCCUCCAUUGCUAGUUUGUGUGUUUUUUUUUUUUUAACAUUGGUAUUG